GUGACAAGGUACAGGUGUGACUUCCGCAAGUGGCGGCUCCCCGCACAUGCGCAUGCUAAGUACCUGCAGCUAACUCACUGGGCCAACAGCAACAACAACGACGAUUAGUUCAAUCUCCAAGAAUACGUGAACCAUAAUAAAACUCGCACUUGCGAGGCUUCUACAUCUCGACUUUAACCACAGCCGCAAGCAUCGUCACCGUCUUCCCUCAUAUCAGAAUGUCGUCUAACGAAAGAAUGGCGUAUCCCUACGGCAAGCCAUACUCAACGCCCUCGAACGGUACACAACAUGACGAGAACAAACUUUGGAUGCAGAUACAAUACGAAGCAUACGUAGAUGGUAUCGACCUAACAGUAUUGCCCUUUGCCAAAGAAGCUAUUGCGAGCAUCACUUCGCUAGCGACUAGCAUGGUGAAUGUAAAGGAAUUCGACUUCUCCACCUCAAAGAGGGUUGAUACGCAUACACACCCCAUUCCAGACUGGUUCCGAGCCCUCGAAUUGAAUGCUGCAGGCCGCGCAACGCCGUCUUGGAACGUAUCAUCCCACCUCAAAUUUAUGAGUGAACACCACAUCGCUCAUUCCGUACUCUGCAUCUCCACACCUCAGGCUAACGCCUUCUUGACUGAAAGAGACGAAGUUCUGAGAAAGAAGAAGACGGUUGCGCUUGCUCGUUUACUCAACUCCUUCACAGCGGAACUUUGCAGGAUCUAUCCAGAGAGAUUUAGUUGGUUGGCCAUCAUGCCGUUACCACAUGUGGAAGAAUCGAUUGCGGAAUUGAAGCGCGUGUUUGGAAUGGUGGGGAAACAGCCAGUAGGUGUGGGUGUGCUAACAAACCACGAGGGGAUGUACCCGGGAGACGAGACUUUCGAUCCGUUGUGGGAGUUCCUACAAGAGAGAUCCGGAAAGAUGGGAAGCGAUGGCAGGGAGGUGGUCUUCGUGCAUCCGACGGAACCCAUCAUCAAGCUCGACGAUGGUCGACUGAUAAACUCUAGACCAUCACCCCUACGCUCCGGGCUCGGAGAAUUCUACUUCGAAACCGCGCGCGCCAUCUCGAGUCUGACAGCCUCAUCCACAUUCCUCAAAUUCCCGUCCCUCCACUUCCGCGUCUCCCACGGCGCAGGCGCUUUCCCCGAUAUCUCCGAGCGUUUCCUUCUCGGCUUCCCUAACAUCUCGACUGCAGCAAGGGAAGCCUAUAAAACACGCUUUUGGUACGAUAGUGCAGGACCAGUUUGGCCAAACCAGGUCAAAGGGCUAACGGAAGGAAUGGGUAUUCCAAUUAGUCAGAUGGUGUUUGGGACGGAUUAUCCGUAUGGCAUCGGGUUUUGGGAUGUGGAUGCUAAUAUCGAUGGGUUGGCUUGGGCAGGAGAGUUGAGGUUUGAGGAGAAGGAGAAGGUGUUUUGGGGGAAUGCGAAGGAGUUGUGGAGAGGGAAGAUUGCCGUGUUGGAUGCUAUGGAAGAGUAGAUUGAUAAUGGUGUUCCCAGUCUCUGUAAUCUACCUUGAUAAGGGAAAAGUGACCUUUUGUGUUCCAAUAAACGUGGUUGUGGUGUUGAUGGAUACUGCCCCAGCUGUGCCGAAGUUACGCGACAGUGUUGAAGCUCACCAGUACAUCAUUGCAGCUAUCAAUUGCAUGGUUUUAGCGUACAUUCUCAGUCUUCGCGCAUCCAUGGGAGUAGACCCUUGAAUUAGGACAUGGUGUUGCGCAAAGACCAAGAACGAUUCGCUGAGGGCGGUAAUAAACUCCAUCCAAUUGAUAUGGAGUUGUAGACCAUGCCGGUUAGCCGCGGGGCGAUUUAGUGUGACAGGCAACCUCUGUUAAGAGCUACGACCCCGCCGUGACAUCCGCCACUAUUC